GUUCAUGAGAAAAUCAAAUUACAUAGAGUGAAGCAAAUUUCCCCGGCGACGACGACGACGACAUGUGCGUGUGUGAAUGAAUCUCGCUAUCGAACCCUAAUUCAGCCAUCGCCAUGAAGGUGCUCGGAGGAGCUUCUUCAUAUGCUUACAGAUCCUGUAUCCUCGUCGGUUUCCUCUCCGUUUCUCUCUUCUGGCUCCGUCCCAGCACUUACCGUCUCCAGCACCAAAUUCCCAAUCCGCAGAACGUAACUGAUUCGGAGUCUGAAACUGCAACGAAGACUAACUAUAUAAUCCGAUUUAAGCAGUAUAAGCCGGCGAAAGAUCAUCGAAUUUACCUCGAAUCGAAGGUCCGAUCUAGUGGUUGGGGUUGGAUCGAGAGGAUUAACCCGGCGGCGAAGUAUCCGACUGACUUUGGUGUUCUAUGGGUCGAGGAAAGCGGGAAAGAGGCCGUGGUUGGUGAGAUUGAGAGGCUGGAGAUGGUGAAAGACGUGAACGUUGAGUUUAAGUACCAGAGAGUUUUGCUUGGAGGAUCUUUUCUCGACGGGAAGAAACGUCCAGGGAAGAUCUUCACUUCUAUGUCUUUCGAAGAAGGAUCUGAUUCUUCGCCUAUGGCGGAUACAAGUAACACCACGUUAAACUGGAGUCGACAUCUUCUCGCUAAGAAGACUCAAGUCACGUCCAUGUUUGGAGCAGAUCAUCUCUGGAAGAAGGGGUACACUGGUGCUAAAGUUAAAAUGGCUAUAUUUGAUACCGGAAUAAGAGCUGACCACCCACAUUUCCGUAGGAUCAAGGAGCGUACGAAUUGGACAAAUGAGGACACUUUGAAUGACAACCUGGGCCAUGGGACAUUUGUUGCUGGUGUUAUUGCUGGUCAAAAUCCAGAAUGUCUUGGUUUUGCCUCAGACACGGAAAUCUAUGCUUUUCGAGUGUUCACAGAUGCCCAGGUAUCAUACACCUCAUGGUUUCUUGAUGCUUUCAAUUAUGCUAUAGCAACAGAUAUGGAUGUAUUAAACUUGAGCAUUGGGGGACCGGAUUACUUGGAUCUGCCUUUUGUAGAGAAGGUUUGGGAAAUAACAGCCAGCAAUAUCAUUAUGGUGUCUGCAAUUGGAAAUGAUGGGCCACUUUACGGAACGUUAAAUAAUCCAGCUGACCAGAGUGAUGUCAUAGGUGUCGGUGGUAUUGACUAUGAUGAUCACAUAGCUUCAUUUUCAUCUCGUGGCAUGAGCACCUGGGAACUUCCUCAUGGAUAUGGCCGUGUGAAACCAGAUGUGGUUGCAUAUGGCCGUGACAUUAUGGGCUCCAAGAUCAGCACUGGUUGUAAAAGCUUGUCCGGAACAAGUGUGGCUAGUCCUGUUGUUGCUGGUAUUGUUUGCCUGCUUGUAAGUGUUAUUCCUGAAGCUAGAAGGAAAGAUCUGCUCAAUCCAGCAAGCAUGAAGCAGGCGUUAGUCGAAGGUGCUGCUAAGCUUUCAGGUCCUAAUAUGUAUGAGCAGGGUGCAGGAAGAGUUGAUCUAUUAGAAUCAUAUGAAAUUCUAAAGAGCUACCACCCCCGGGCGAGCAUUUUCCCGAGCAUUCUUGAUUAUAAUGAUUGUCCAUAUUCCUGGCCCUUUUGUCGUCAACCACUAUAUGCGGGUGCUAUGCCUGUUAUUUUCAACACGACAAUUCUUAAUGGUAUGGGUGUUAUUGGCUAUAUUGAAAGUCCACCAACAUGGCAUCCUGCAAACGAGGAAGGAAAUCUUCUGAGCAUCCACUUUAAGUACACAGAUGUCAUAUGGCCGUGGACUGGAUAUCUAGCUUUACACAUGCAGAUCAAGGAAGAAGGUGCACAGUUCACAGGUGAGAUAGAAGGUAAUGUAACUGUGAAAGUCUAUAGCCCAUCAGCCCCUGGAGAAAGUGGGCUUAGAAGGAGUACUUGUUCUCUUCAGUUAAAACUGAAAGUGAUUCCUACUCCACCACGAGCGACACGUAUUUUGUGGGAUCAAUUUCACAGCAUUAAAUAUCCUCCUGGUUAUAUUCCAAGAGACUCUUUGGAUGUCCGCAAUGACAUACUUGAUUGGCAUGGUGAUCACCUGCAUACAAACUUUCACAUCAUGUACAACAUGUUACGCGAUGCUGGGUACUAUAUUGAGACUCUUGGUUCGCCCCUUACAUGUUUUGAUGCUCAGCAAUAUGGAACCCUUUUGAUGGUUGACCUUGAAGAUGAUUACUUUCCAGAAGAAAUUGAAAAACUCAGAGAUGACGUUAUCAAUACAGGACUGGGUCUGGUUGUGUUUGCUGAGUGGUAUAAUGUCGAUACCAUGGUGAAGAUGAGAUUCUUUGAUGAUAACACACGCAGUUGGUGGACUCCAGUCACUGGAGGUGCGAAUAUCCCCGCACUCAAUAACCUUCUUGCAUCAUUUGGGAUUGCGUUUGGAGACAAAAUUCUGAAUGGGGAUUUCAGUAUUGACGGUGAGCAGAGUCGAUAUGCUUCUGGAACAAACAUAGUCCGGUUUCCUGCUGGUGGGUUUUUGCACACUUUUCCUUUACUAGACAGCUCUGAGAGUGGCGCUACACAAAAUCUGCUGCUAACUGGGUCAUCAAAGGAAGACCCUGCUGUUCUUGGGCUUUUGGAGAUUGGUGAAGGUCGGGUUGGUGUUUAUGGAGACUCAAACUGCCUGGACAGUAGCCACAUGGUCACCAACUGCUACUGGCUCCUGAAGAAAAUGCUAGAUUUUAGCAGUUCAAAAAUCAAAGACCCUGUACUUUUCUCAAAAUUUGCUAAGAGAUAUUCACCCGUAAUCAUAGACGAGAAGCAACUGCCAUCCCGAAGAACUGAUGUAAAUUUUUCAGCAUACUCUUCUGUGAUCGGAAAGGAGCUAAUCUGUGAGAGUGACUCCAGAUUUGAAGUAUGGGGGACUAAAGGAUAUAACUUACAUGUCAGAGGAAGGAAUCGUAGAUUACCUGGUUAUCAUGGCAUUGAUUUGGGUAGAGGCUUGAAUUUCACAUUGGAGAAUACAAGACCAACUCGUUGGAGAUCAGCCGAGCUUAGUUCUUCCAGGAGCAAGUAUCUGGGAGGCUUUUUCAACAAAGACGAGAUUGACAUGCCAUUUCUCGUUGCUACUCGCUGGAUCGUGCUUGCUGGUGUUGUAGCUAGUGGAGUUCUAGUGCUACUAAGCAUUUGGAGAAUCAGGCAGAAGAGGCGUAGGCGGAGAAGAGCAUCUGGGUCGAGUCGAUUAGCCUAGCUUAUAGCCGUGUCUGGGUCCAGUCUUUUUUUUUUUAUAUAGCUUUUUCUACUGUCAUUUAGACUGACCACAGAAUGUAGUCUCAUUUUUACUUGGGAAACUGGCAAUUUUGUUUUAGGA